AUGAGUGAUUAUCCAGAAGCACUUUUAUCUCAUAAAAAAGCUCUUGAAAUCAAACAGCAAUCACUUCCUCCCAAUCAUCCUAGUUUGGCUCAUUCCUACAACAACAUUGGUGAAGUACAUCGCAGCAUGGGUGAUUAUCCGAAAGCACUUUCAUCACAUGAAAAAGCCCUUGAAAUCAAACAGCAAUCACUUCCUCCCAAUCAUCCUGACUUGGCUAUGUCCUACUACAACAUCGGUUUGGUUUAUAAAAACUUGGGUAAUUACCCAAGAGCUUAUACAUUUUAUGAACAUGCUAUACAAAUUGGAGAACAAUCAUUAAGUUCAAAUCAUCCUCAUCUUGAAAUAUAUAGAAAGAGCCUCGAACGCAUGAAAAACAAAUAA